GCUAGAGUUUCGAUUAACCUUUCGGAAUCUGACUGGAAAUUUUUAAUACAAAAUUCAAACAAAGAAAAAAGUGCAGGAUGAAUAGACCAGGAGACAAUCAGCAGCAAUUGCAAGGUCAGCAAUCGCUUCCAGUGCCGCAGAAUGGUCCGGUUAUGUAUGGCAGUGGGAUCGUCUUCGGUGGCAAUGUGUAUCCCGUGUUGAUCGAUGGCGUGCCCAUCCAGCCUCCAGCGGGAGCUCAUCAGGCGGCGGUCCAGCAACGCAUGCAUAUGCAGCCCAUGCAGCAGCCUUCGGGCGAUCAUCAGAUGGUGGCGCAACAACGCAUCCCGAUGCCGCAGGGGCUCCAGGGUCCCCAUCCUCACCAGAAUAUUCCUAAGCCGCUGCCACACCGUCGGGCCUAUCAGCAAAUUGAUGCCCCAACAGGGAGUAGAGGUCCUUCAAUGAGCCAGCAGGUGCGACCGUUUAACAACCAACAAAUGCAACUGCAACUGCAACAGCCACUGCGACCGCAGCAACAGCUGGCGGGAAUGGGCAAUGGUUCCUUCAACUUCAACCAUCAACCGAGUGCUGGUGGCGACUUUUCCGGAGGAUGGGACGGUUAUGCCAUGUGGCAGCCCAUAGACGUUAACAAAUCCUACGCGAUCGGCUGGAAUCCAUUCUAAACGCUGUCCAUCUCGAAGUAGCUUCAAGCAUUAAAGUGUGGAGUCUAGUAAAACAAAUCAAGUGAAAAAAGA